AGCGGAAGUUGUUGGCUGAUUUUGCCACUGCAGCAAGUGCAUGCAGCUUUUAGCUGGCUCACACGCUUCUCAACGUGUUUUUUGCUGUUUGUCAUCGAAAAGCAAAAACAUGAAAACGUUCGGAAUGUGCGAAAGAUGAAGUCGCCACGUUUAGGGAAAUGAUUUUCACCGGGAUCGCCUCUGAAGAAGAGGAUAAGCUAACGUAAAGAAACCCGGAAGUGUUGUUGAAGCAGCCACAGACACAAUGAGUGCCAAAUAUGGGCUGGUGGGCUACAACAGUUCACGGAAGCACAUUUCGAUCUCCAUCCCGUCGUCCACGGAGGUGAUGUCACCCCACAUAAAGUCCGUGGAGGAGCUGAGGGUCCUGGGAAUCAACCUGAGCAGCUUCAAUACCCCCACACAGUUCUUCAUCUGUGUGGCUGGAGUCUUCGUCUUUUAUCUCAUCUAUGGAUACCUUCAGGAGUUGAUAUUUUCUGUGGAAGGCUUCAAGCCUUUUGGUUGGUACCUCACUCUAGUCCAGUUCGGCUUCUACUCCAUGUUUGGACUAGUGGAGCUUCAGCUCACACAGGACAAACGCAGGAGGAUACCAGGGAAGACCUAUAUGAUCAUAGCAUUUCUAACAGUGGGCACUAUGGGCUUGUCCAAUACCUCUCUGGGCUACUUGAACUACCCCACACAGGUCAUCUUCAAGUGCUGUAAACUCAUUCCAGUCAUGAUUGGAGGAGUGUUUAUACAAGGUAAACGCUAUAACCUGGCUGAUGUGUCUGCCGCUCUCUGCAUGAGUCUGGGACUCAUCUGGUUUACACUAGCUGACAGUAAAGUGGCCCCCAACUUCAAUGUGACAGGUGUUCUCCUCAUUUCCCUGGCACUGUGUGCAGACGCCGCCAUUGGAAACGUGCAGGAGAAAGCCAUGAAACUCCAUAACGGCUCCAACUCUGAAAUGGUGCUGUACUCGUACUCCAUCGGUUUUGUCUACAUACUCACAGGACUGUUCUGUGUGGGUGGGCUGGGGCCAGCAGUGGCAUUCUGCUCAGAGCAUCCUGUGAAGACGUACGGUUAUGCGUUCUUCUUCUCUCUUACGGGUUAUUUUGGGAUCUCCUUCGUGUUGGCCUUGAUCAAGCUCUUCGGUGCCCUGGUUGCAGUUACAGUGACCACCGGGAGAAAGGCCAUGACUAUUAUACUUUCCUUCAUGUUCUUCGCAAAACCUUUCACUUUUCAGUACAUCUGGGGCGGCCUUCUGGUGGUCUUCGGCAUCUUCUUGAAUGUUUACAGUAAAAACAGAGAGAAAAUGAAGCUUCCCUCCAUCAAGGACCUCAGGAGCUGGCUGCUGGCUAGAAGGAAAGUUCGACUUCUCUCACAAAACGUAUAGAAGGCACCGAUAGUUGUAGCGGAAGUCCUGCGCUGGCAGACCAUGCGUCUGAUCGGAUGUAGAGUUGGCCCACCUGGUUCAAGGGAUGUUCUUGAAACCAUGUGCCCCGAGCUACAAGCCUCAUCGCCACCAACAACGAGCCAAGGAUGGGUGUACAGAGUUUGGCCACCAAUCAGCCUCAAAAACAGCUGACACAUGAUUAAGUUUCGAUGGGUGAUAGAGUCUCUAUCUGCCAGUACACCACCGGUGUAGAACUGACUGACAUUACUCAAACUCUCUGCAGCAAACUGAAGGAACUCUAACUUUUUUUUUUUUUUUUUUUACAAGGGGAUCAAUGCUAAUGGGCUCUUUUAAAGCAACGCUUCAGAGCUCCACAGAAACAGCCCCAACAUGGAGGACAACUGAGGACUUUUAAGACUGUCUAAAGGGAAGCCAGCGCCUUAGCCAACCAAAUCGCACAGUUUUGCACUGGAAAUUACUUGUACACUUAAACCCUUGAGUGGUUGAGAAAGACUGAAAUGUUGGAAGAAAAGAUUGUCGUGUCUGAAAAUGAAUGUCCCCCCCCCCCCAUGAAGAAAAAGUAGAUCUUGAUUUAAAAAGGCAUAUUUGCCCCCGCAUGUGCCAGGAAGACAGAACAACAUUUUGUUUUACAUAACCAUUGUCUUGAUGAAAGUGGCUUUUUCAUAGUUGAUUGGUAAUUUAUAUAUCUGACUGUGCCCUGUUUCAUCAUGUGGGGUAAUUUUGGGGAAUAUGGAGACAUUUGCUCUCGUGUAAAUCAAUAAAUCAAAAAUGUCAACUGCCAUGAUUUGCUAACCAUGUGUUUGGGUGAAAGGGUACCACUCUUUUUACAUUAAAACAAACUGAGACGUU